AGACUAUGUGGAGGAGUGGAGACAGUGGCCUAGAUGUGUGAAACGCCAGAGUUUGCGUUUUUGGUUCACUGGUUGACUAUCAGGGGGCAGCUCAACAGUAGACCAAAUGUAAUGGGGAAGUUCUGAACCACAAGCCUAAGAGAAGCUGUGAACCCCAUCAUUUGGCAGCUUUUAACUGAUAUGCACACUUACUGAACUUUUGUUUUUUUGAGGCAAACAUCCCCUGACCAAUGUUUUUGGUGUCAGCUGCGCGCAGAGAGCGUGCGUGAUCAUGGGAGUUAUAGGUGGAACAUGUAGACUGAGACACUCACACAGAGACUAAAUCAAUUAUUUUCUCGGACGGUCAGCGCGGCAUUCCGCUUGACUGACAGCGAUGGCCUUGGAGGCAGACAGCGACAGAGGUUCAUCAAGAAGUGCUCAUGAAAAAUAUCCCCGGGCAGCGUUGGAGCGCAACGGCUACGUGAAGACAUGUGUCACCCCGUUGUACCAGGACGCAGGGAGCCAGUCGUGGCUGAGACUCGCCGUGACAUGGACUUGCCGAGGAGUGUCGUCUGCGGUCUGCGUUGCCUCCGUCUCCGUUAUUCUCGCUCUGCUGCUCAGAUUGGUCGACUGGGAUGCAGGCAGCAGCAGCAGCAGCAGCAGCAACGGAAAUAGCAGCGGAUCCGACUCUCGUCUUCAUUUCGCGGCAGGCUGCGCUGUGGACCUGUUUUGUACUGCGUGUUACUGCGUCUCCCCCGUUUUUACACUCGUAUGUGCCUUCUUCUGGGUCGGGCUGUAUCUGAUUCGCUGCAGGGUGCUUGUCCGCACCGCGGUUUUUUUGUUAGCGGUGUGCCACUUGGGCGAAGCCGCGGCGCAGUCAGUCCUGCGCGGCGCCGAGGAGCAGCUGCUGUCCCUCCCCGCCACCCUGAUAGUCCUCGGCUGCCUGGGCAGCGGGGCUCUGUUGGUCGUCCGGUUGCGUCAGGGAGUGUCCAUCCUCGUCUUCAUUAGCGUCAUCAGGGCCGUCUCCCUCGUUUCUCUGAGCAGAGUCCGGGCCAGCUGGAGACCCUACCUGGCCUACCUGCUGGGGCUGCUGGGGGUUUUGCUUGCGAGGUAUGCUGACCGGCUCCUGCCGGCCCCAGGGACCAGCGGGACGGGGUGCUGUGGCUCUGUGACCGGGGCGAAGGAGGAGGACAUCCCUGUCUUCAAAAGGAGACGGAGGUCCAGCUCCAUAGCGGCCUCGGAAAUGAUGGCUCACAGUCAGAGCAACAGCAAGUCCCACCGCAGGACUUCGCUGCCCUGCAUUCCGCGGGACCAGAUUAUGUGCCAGCCAGAAUGGGACUACAAGAGAGCUCUGAGCAGAUCCCAGUCUUCGGGCACCAGCGUGGUAGUGGACAUCGCGGUGAUGGGUGAGGCCCACGGUCUGAUCUCAGACCUGCUGGCUGACCCGUCACUGCCCCCGAACACCUGCAGUUCUCUGAAGGCCGUCAGCAACCUCCUCAGCACCCAGAUCAGCAUCCAGCCGCUCCACCGGCCUCGCGUCCAUGCAGACACACACACCUGCUCUGACUCUGAAGACGGGCCUGAAAAAACAGAGAGACUGGCCAUUCCGAAGCGGCUAAGACGGAGUCUGCCCCCAGGAUUGCUAAGGAGAAUCUCGUCAACUUGGACCACGACCACCUCAGCUACAGGGUUGCCUACCAUCGAGCCUGGCCCUGUACGCCGAGACCGCUCAGCCAGCAUCAAAUACACCCCAGACAGUGAAACAUGGAACAACUCAGUGAUGAUGACCAUUUCAAAGAGUCGUUCCAUGUCUGCCUCCUGUGCUGCCUCCAACCACCUCUACAGCAAACCACUGGGAAGACCAGGUUUCCCCUCUUCCAACGUGUCACCUCUGGGCUCUCCGUGCCCAUCUCCUCCCGUCCAGGGCACUCCUGUCUCCAGCCCCACAACAAAGACAUGUUCAGUGCAGCUUCCUGAGCCGGCUGGGCCCCUGACAGAGCGGACCCCUGGCUCUGUGGCCCCCAAGAGCCACCACAGAGCCUUAACUCACAGCCAGAGUGCCCCAAGCUCCACCACCCCUCACUGGCGGCCUCCGUCUCUCUGCGGCAGCUGUGGCAGGCCGUUUAACAAUCGACUAAACCACGGGGCAGAAUCUGUCGACAAAGGAGACAGAAUACCCCAUCCAGAUGAGCGUGCCGUAGCUUCUUCAGACUAUGACAGCACCUACGACAGUACCUACGAGACCAACCACAGUGACAGCAGCGACUUUGCACAGAAUGAAGAGGAGGGAGAUGGAGGCAAAAAGCCGCCUGAAUCGAGGGAACGUUGCAGAGAGUAUCUUCCAGAGGGCAUCGUUCUUCACCCGCUCCUGCCAUCACCAGAGGACAAGCCAAUCUUGGCCCCGGAGCCUCUUGUGAUGGCAGGGCUGGACCCUCUGAUGAGUCAACUGAACAACUGGAACUUUCCGAUUUUCAGUCUAGUGGAGAUGACCCAUAGCAAGACAGGCUGCAUCCUGAGUCAGGUUUCCUAUAGGCUUUUUGAGGACACAGGCCUAUUUGAGACCUUCAAAAUUCCCGUACAAGAAUUCAUGAACUACUUCCACGCUCUGGAGAACGGAUACAGGGUCAUCCCUUAUCACAACCGGAUCCAUGCCACUGAUGUGCUGCAUGCUGUUUGGUACCUCACCACUCAGCCUGUGCCAGGCCUGCCCACCUUGCUGACUGAGAAUGGGAUACACACUGACUCAGAGAAUGGCAUUACGGCUGGUGCCACAGGCUUCCUGGUAUCCAAGAUGAACUCUGUGCUGGAGGACGGCUAUGGCUCCCUGGCUGGCCUUAUCCCUGGCCUAGAGCUCAUGGCCCUGUAUGUAGCUGCUGCCAUGCACGACUAUGACCAUCCUGGAAGAACUAACGCCUUUCUAGUAGCUACCAGUGCACCACAGGCUCUUCUAUACAAUGAUCGUUCAGUCUUGGAAAAUCACCACGCAGCUUCGGCGUGGAACCUCUUCAUGUCUCGACCUGAGUAUAACUUCCUGACUAACCUUGAACAUGUGGAGUUCAAGCGCUUCCGCUUCCUAGUCAUUGAAGCCAUCCUGGCCACCGACCUCAAAAAGCACUUUGACUUCUUAGCAGAGUUCAAUGCAAAGGUGGGUGAUGAAGGAGUGUCCGGUAUUGAUUGGACCAACGAAAAUGACCGAUUGCUGGUGUGCCAGAUGUGCAUAAAGCUUGCUGAUGUCAAUGGACCGCUGAAGUGUAAGGAGCUGCACCUGCAGUGGACAGAGGGGAUCGUCAACGAGUUCUACGAACAAGGUGACGAAGAAGCAAGCCUGGGCCUUCCCAUCAGCCCAUUCAUGGACCGGUCCGCUCCGCAGCUUGCUAAACUACAGGAGUCGUUCAUCACUCACAUAGUGGGACCUCUGUGCUCCUCCUACGACUCUGCUGCGCUUAUGCCGGGACACUGGGUUGACCCACCUGAGGGAGAGACGGAGCCAGAGGAGGCGAAGGAAGAACAAGAUACAGAAGAGGAAGAUGAGGAUAUGGCAGAUGAGGACGCAUCAACAGGUUCUGACACCUCCCAGCGGCAAAAAACCAAAAAGGUGAGCAGGAGGAAAGUGUUUUGCCAGAUCACACAGCAUCUUCUAGAAAACCAUGAAAUGUGGAAGAGAGUCAUUGCUGCAGAAGCCCAGGAGGAGGACCAGAAAGAGGACCCAAACUACAUCAGCAGCCCCACCGACCCUAUCACAGCCAUUCAUGAGGAAGAGGAGGAGCAAGCAAGCAAAGAAGAGGAGUCGACUGAUGGCCUCGAUGAAAGGGAAGAGGUGCCGGCUAUAGAGGAAGAGGAAAUCCUUCCGCAAUCAGAGACUUCAGGGGAAAAAGAGGAGGAACCAGAGUGAUAUUAUGAACUUUGACCUCAUCUUAAACCAGGCAUCUGGACGUUGUCUAAAAAUGUUUGUUUCUUUCCUAACUAAACUCUUAUUAUGGUAGCCAGCACAUCACUUCGACACAACACUGUAGAAGAUGUUUUGGGUAAUAUGUGCCUAACAAAAACUGGGUUUUGAGGACAGGGAUGAUGCAUGCCCAGUUCAUCUGACAAGGGGGAGAGAGGUGAGAUGAGCAAAAGAUGAAGUGACUGAGGAGUAGAGGAAGAAAAUGAAAAAAGAGAAUGAUUGGGACUGUAUUUGUUUUUGUUGUAGUGUUUGUUUUAGUCUGGAUCUGGUGCCCUGCCCUCACCCAGGCUGCCCAUCCUGCACUAUGGGCCAACCACGCUGAUUCACAGGUUCACUCCACCAGUGAGUAAUACACUGUCACGAGCCCCCCCCCCCCUUCACUUCACCCUUCUUGUUGCUCCCAUGCAAUCAGCACACUGUGGAGCCACCCAGCUGGUUGAGGAUGUGCAACAAGCCCCUUCUCCUUGAAGACAAUGAGAUGAAAGCCAGGGAAAAAGCUGUGUCCACUGAGGCUCAGCCAUGGAUUUGUGACGGAAAAAGGGCCAGUUGUAGCACAUUGUGUAUACAGACAUACACCCACACAAGCUUCACACACACACACACACACACACAAACACACACACACACAAACACAGACACACACACACACACACACAGUACACCACAGUGCACUGCAAUACAGUAGAAACGCAUUCCACACUCAGAACAGAUAGGAAGUUUAACAAAGAACCCUGUUGCUCUGAAAGCAUUAUUCUCGCUCAAGGAAAAACAUACAAAACAAGGUUUUGUUCAUGUUAAACAAUGUUUGUCGUUAGUCACAUGUUUUCUCCCCGACUCGUUACCCAAAAUCAUUUCAGCACACCUACACAUUUCCAGGCCACAAAACUCAGGAAGGCAGAAACCCGUAGGUAAAAAGAAACAAAAAGGGACUUGCAGUGUCCUUGUCCUUUUACUUGUACAAAAAUUUCUGUGCUGUGUGAGAAGCUAUUGAUUUAACGAUAACCACAGAGACAUGUGGUUCGCUUUGUGAAUCACAAAGGACAGACUAAAACUAACUCACAAGACACAAAACUAGGUAAUAAGGUAAUGUGUUUUGCUAAGGAAAUAUAAUUUAAAUCCACAUUUUAUGUCACUUCCCAACUUGUUUGGUUAAUCUUUACAGUAAUGUACUGGCUAAUGACAAGAAUUCUUUUUUGCAAUAUAAUUUAUAGUCUGGUAUGUAGGCCAAAUGUUUCGGAAAGUAAAGUAAUCCAGUAAGCCAUAGUGGCCCAAGCCAGGGCUGACUCACAGCUCCAAAUCACCCACGAGGAAUUACGUCAAUGAGACAUUUAAAACACACAAACAAACAAACAAACAAACAAGAAAACUACCCUGUGGAGCCUGUUUCCAUCCAGGGGGUGCUGUGUACCCACGAGUCUCAUCACUCAAUAUUUCAUUAUUUUAGUUGCACAAAAAGGCAAAAAAUGUAAUGUGGAAAAAAUUAUAUUAACCAUUUCUGAGCCGUGGAACCCAGCUUACUUAGAAAAAAAAGAACAGAAAAAGAGUCACAGCUGCAUAAAUGUAUAGUGAUAAUUAUUAUAUGGUGUUAACUAUUAAUGUAUGAAGUAAAGUCAAAUUUAGGAUUAAUGGAAUGAAAGCCUCAUAGUGUCAUAGGCUAUUUUUACCUACAAUGAGGAAAUAUUUCAGUCCUCAAUGAGAGCAAAUCAAAAAAGCAGAAUGAGUGACGUGAGAAUUUUACACGAAUGAGGAGGAAAAUGUGCUUUGACUAAACCUGUCAUGGACGAUGACUGCACUCUGCAUAGCUUCUUUUUAUAGUAACAUGUUUUGGCUAAAAGUGUAAAAGAGUAAGCAAAAGUUCCAUUGAAAUCUGAUCGUUGGGUAACAAACUCACCACACCUCUGGAUUUAUUUUUCCUCCAUUUGUAGCCAUUAUUGAUGACAAAGCAUAUUGCAUAACAGGUUGUGCCGGUGCUCUCCUUUGAUGUCCUCAGAGAUUCAGAUUGGUUGUGAUGGAGAUAAGUGUGAACAAGGGGAACAGCCUUAGUAAUGAGGCUUAGUAAUGAAAGAGGAAGGAGGAGUUAGAGAAGCCUUUUAGCUUGACUUGUAGCUGCUUUUGAAGGGUCAGAGGGGCUUCAGAUAUAUUUUCAUACUUCAGCAGAUUCCCCUAGAUGCAACUCUUUGAAGAUGAGCCAGUUUGGUCGGAUUCAAAAGCAUGUGAUAUUCUACAUUUCCAAGUUUGUAAAAUGCAUUACAGGGAUAUGCAGCAAGUGUAUUUGAUCUGACAUCAGAGAAGCCAUAGGAGCACUGUAUGGAUCCAGAUCCAGAGAUUUAGGGAUGUUUUGUGUCUUCACUUACCGAUUUGUGGCAGGUACUUUGUGUCAAAACUGUAAAGUGAACAAGGGCACAUUUCAAUACGUAUACAUACAUAAGACUUAGAUUUUUUUUCUUUUUUUGAGAUUUUGACAGCACUUAUUGGGGAAUCUGCCUGAAACUUAAGGCUGACUCAAGAAGUGAGGUAGAUUUUUAUAGGUAAAUCACAGUAUAGGGAGUGUGUGGUUGUAAUGUCAGGUAUUUAAGCACCAUUGAUCUGUAAUUUUGCUUCAGCUCUGCGGGAGGUAGGGAAUUAGCACCAUUUCAGUAGCAACAUCCGUCAAUGAUUAGCUGAGAUGCAUAUGAGAUGACAGAAAAUGCCCAGACAUAUUGGGAUUUGCUGAGUCACCAUGAACAUUCAGAAACAAAAUAGCAAACAGGCAAUUUGAAACCAUGCAAGCUGUGAGUUGCAGUUGAGUUCUUUGGUGAGGGUCGAUCUCUGAUCACGACCUGAUGACCUGAACAAAAAAAAAAAAAAACAUUACCGGGGAGGCAACAUUGACAUGAAAACAGCAACCAAAAACAGCAUAAGAUAGGAAUACAAAAAUCCACUGCAGAUACAGAACAUUUUAUGCAACCAGUCAAUGGGACAUUAUCACUGGAUAAAAACAGAUGAAGCAACCUCUUCAACAGGCUUUUUUGCAGACACCUUCUUAAGUUUUACUGGCUGAACUUGCUCUACUGUGACCCAAUUUCUUAACUCAAUUAGAGUUUUGCUAACGUUAAUACUGUCUAAGUCCUUAGCUGUAUCCAUUGCACUGUUAUCAAAAUGCCCAUUGUGCAAAGGAGAGCUAAACUGUGCAACAUAAUGCCCUUGACUGCUUAUUCCCUGUACUUACAAAAGGGUGCAGUGGUUGAGCUUGUUUUUACUGCUGUGAAAAAGAAAGCCUGUGCUAACCAAAGCCUGAGCUUAGUGUUAAUGUUUCAGUUAAAGUUGAAAGCUCUUAAUAGGUGUUCAAAGUCUGAUUUUUUAAAAUGUAUUUACAGUAGCUUUUGCAGACAUUGAAAUAAGGAACUUUUAUUUUGAAAAACUGAAUUUGGUUUCACAAACUGUGACACAGCAUAAUUAAUUAAUUUAAAACAAAUUACCUCCAGCAUUGAUGUGAAUCAGACAGGAAGCCCUGGACAAAGAAAGUCCAUAAUGAAAAAGAGCUAUUGUUGCUUAGCAACAGAAAAAAGGCAAAGUGAUAUCUGACCCCUUAAACAAUGUGUGUCUUACCUGCCAACACGAAUGGCAGCAGUGUAUUUGUAGCAUAUGCAGCAAGAUGCAGUCGGAUUUGCAAGUUCCCCUCCUGAACCAAAUGUCUUCCAGUAGCCUCUCCUUGCAUUGGCUGGUCAUGACUACCUGUAGCAGUAAAAAUUAUCUGUAAACACCAGCUGAUACAAGACUGAUCUGCACAUCUGUGGAUCGUGUGAGGAAUCGACGGGGCGUCUUUUUGAAAUUCUGUACAGCAACGUAGCUUUCAAACCUCAGUUAUUCUAAAAAUAACCAAGACUGUAAAAAGCUCUGCAAGCCUCCUGCCUCCUGUAAACGACAGAAAUUUGAGCACACAUGAAUGAGCUUGAGCUCCACGCACUGUAAAUACCCUACACACCAUACAGUAUAGCCUCACUUGCAAUCUGAUGUGCAUACUAUUGCACUGGGGUUUAUUUUGCGCCGUAUCUAACACUUCUAUGAUCCCAUGCUCCACCACUAUGCUUGGGAAUUUGUAGACUUUCUCACUCUCUCUUCACUUAUUUGCUUGAAUUGUAUGUGAUCACAGAAUUCAAAGCUCACUAGGGAUCAAGUUAGUCAAAAUAGAUGCUUCCCUCCUCUGAUCUCCCCUCACAGCUCUGCCUCACUAACUGUGUACAGUACAGUGCAGCAAUCAAAGAGACUUAAUCAAAGCUGUGAUAGAAUCUGGGGUCGCUAUUUUUGUCGUAAACAAUCCAAAUCAUUAGAGCUUGUGUGUGUGUGUGUGUGUGCGUGUGUAGUCAUUUCGGGUGAUUUGAGUGAGGCAUACCGGGAGCGGUCAACUGGUCAAGUUUCCUUCAGUCUUUUAAGAACAGGUUUCAGUUCUGUAAGAAAUUAAAGGGUCGUGUUUUUGCAAUUUUUCGCUUCUAACUAAAAAUCAUGUAUGCUUAACAUAAUGCUGACCAUUUUUAAAAGCUGGCUUUACAGUUUUAGACUUUUAGAUAUUAUUACACAUUUUUUCCAGGGCAAGCCAUUUAUUUUCAUUUAUUUCUCUACAAUAUGAAAAUCUGUUUGUCCAUCAGUGAACAUUUAUCUGCAUUAAUUUGCAUCAUUAUUCAGUUUAAACUCUGCAUUGCAUUAGUGUACAACUGCAAAACUUUGCAAAAUGGGUUCAAUUCGAGCCUGCAGGCCCUUUGCUGCAUGUCGACCCCUCCCUCUAUCUUCAGCUGUGGCCAUCAAACACAGGCAUAAAGAGCCCAAAGAAUAUAUUGAAAACAGGGUUUCAAGAGUAUGCUGAUAGAUUAUCAUGUUGCAAAAAUUGAUGGAAACCAAUGGAUGCCUGGAAUGGUGGUUAAACUACAUCCAAAUUUUUGAAACACAGCAGAAUUGUUUGAAAAAUGGCCACUUGUAAUGUAAAGCAAUUAAGUGAAAUGACCUAAAACAUGUGGAACCACUGGUAUGAUCCCAGUGAUUCCACAACACCAACACCAGUCUGAAAAGCAGUGUUUUUACUGCCCUCUCUGACUGAAAGUUGCACGUCUCCUUCCUCUGACAACAUGCAGCAUCAGUAGUAUGAGAGCAAUCAUAUGAUUUUCUUUGUCACACCUGUAACCACAACUGUGAUGUCACAUUGUACUUACACACCCUGGAGUACACUUGUACAUCACUGCAACAAGGUGAGAAGUUAGAGGUCGAAAAAACAAACAAAAAAAACAAGCUUUUUUAGGGGGUGUUAAGUUGCUCUUAAAGUUCAUUAGACUCUCCUCUUUUUGGUCCUAGGUAGUAUGAACUGUCUUCUGGCUGUCAAUGACAGAAAUGUUUGAGACAAAAUUAUUUAUUUUCAUCUAUCGUAAAUAUAAUUGGUAAAGAUUCUUGGUCACCAAAGUGUAAAAGCUCAUGUCAUCUGUUUCGUUUCAACUCAUCAUUACAAUAUGGACCAGUGGUUUGUGCCAGGCAAUUGCAUGGCAUUUAUAAAUCUUGUUUAACAAUAUUUUUGUGUAAAAACUGGGCCAGAAAACAACAAAAGUACAGGGUCUACAACUAAAUUAUGUCUGUUUAUUUAAAGCCGGUAUCAGUGGUUUCUUUAAAUGACGAGAAGAAGGGAAUUGCUGCACACUGGAUUCACUUGUGCAAACCAAAGAAACUUUUUGAACUCUGUGGUUUUUUGUGAUUUGCACAAAAAGAGCCCUAAAAGGAGCAUGUUUCUUGCAUUUUCUUAUUUGUCAGUGUUAUCCAGAACUUGGUGAAGAUGUCUGGAUAUGCUUAUACUUUGUACAAGUUCUCAUGUGAAGACAAGACAGGUUAAAAACAACAUAAGGACCGUCUCAGCGUUCAUCCAACAGACCGGAGCUCAUGGUGUUGCUCACAUGUUGUUACUGUCUGUUAUUAUUUCACUGCCGUGUCAAUAGGCAGCAGUAGCACUACAAUGGAACUGACCAACUGUUCUGCUCUCAGACUAAAGCCCUUGUACUUUCUUUUGAUGGUUUGAACCAAAAACAUUCCUUUUUGUAUUGUUUGUUGUUUCAGCCAUUUUAAAAAGGCGGCUAUGCUCGGCUGUGCCAUACCAUUUUCACAUGUAUGUAUGUAUACAUUGUUUGAAUGCUAUACUCGUCAGCUUUCCUUGUUUUUCACAGAGGAAACCAAAACAAACUUUUUUUCAUCACCUUUAAAGCUAGAUAAACAAGACUGGUAUGUUUUUAUCUACUAUAGCAGACGCUUUACAGAUUCAGUUUGUUUCUUCUCUCCAGUAUCUUGCACUUAACACAUGUAGCAAUACCUACAGGAUGGGGAAAUUGUGUGAUUCACCAGUAUUUGUUUAAGUGGAAUAUGACAUUUUAUUUCUAGAUAUUGUUUGACUUUGUAUAAAAAAAAUAUAUACUGUACAGAUUUAAAAGUAUAUUAUAACAAAAAACUUUUAGAAAAAUAUUUAUUUUUACUGUUUUGUAAUUUAGACACAAUACUGUAGCUCCUCUAUUGCCAGACUUACUGGAAGUGCCUCUCGAUAAUGUAUUACAAAGUAACUAUACAAUAUAUUGGGAUUAUUAGACCAUGUCACUAGCAGAGCAGUGUUGAUGUUGUAAUGUGAAUAUUGUUGAAUAAUAAGAU